GUCUCAGAAGUUACAGUUUUGCGGGCCAUAAUUGCAUUAUAAUAGCUGAGACUGUGGCUUUGUGCUUCCACAGUUGGAUUGCAGCAUGCACUCUUGGAACAGGAGUUGAUCUGUUUUGUUGCCAAAUGGAUUCCUUUUUUGGCAAGGUAGACAUUGGCAAAGCAAGAAAAGACCAGAUUUAGCGCACAGAUGGAAAAUCGGAUGGUCUAGAACGGAAGACAUCAGUUGCAACAAUGAACCUCGAUUGAAUGUUUUAAACCCAACAAAAUCCCUAUAUUUGUUUGCAGUAUACCGUGUGACUACGUGACGUGUCACGUUGGAUCGCGAGUCAAGAGCAUUCUGGGGAAAACUUUUGUCCCAUUAGAGGGCAGUAAAACGACAUUUCCCAUGGGCUACUGCGGGAUGCGGGACAAGAAGCUGCACAAGUAAUUCACCUUCAGCUCAGUUUUCUGAAAACAUUAUUUGUGUAUAGAGUUAAUUUCUUGGUCAUUAUGAACGGGAUUAUACACGGCGCACCCACUGCAACAGAGAUCACAUUGAAAAGAGGACCAGCAGGCCUAGGGUUCAACAUUGUGGGAGGUGCAGACCAGCAGUGCGUGCUGAAUGACACUGGGAUCUAUGUAGCCAAAAUUAAGGAGAAUGGAGCAGCUGCACUGGAUGGAAGACUGCAAGAGGGUGACAAGAUCCUGGAGAUUAAUGGGCAUAAGCUGGAGAACCUGUCGCACAGCGACGCGGUGGACCUCUUCCGAACGGCUGGUGAAGACGUGCGGCUCCUAGUGCUGAAGGGCAUGGCGCCCAUGAUCAGUCCCUCGAAACCCCGGCCUGACAACGAAUCAUCUGCCUUCGCCAUUGGAGUGGGUUUCGUCCUGGCAACCGCCGUGAUCGCGGCGAUCUACAUACGCUUCCGACACUCUAUGUGGAAGCGUUAGUACAUAUCCCCUCCCUCUUCAUUCCCUUUUUUUUAUGGACAAAAAAAAAAGGCAGAAUAAUUUUGCUUAGGGCCAAAAAAAAGAGAGUUGAAACAAACCAAGCCAUUUUUCCUUACGUCACUGUUGUUCAUAUUAUUAUUAUUAUUAUUAUUAUAUAAUUAAUAAUGUUGUGAUAAUCAUAGCUGCUUAACUCAUAUUUUUUUUUAAAGUGUUUAUUUUACCUUGCAAAUGGUAGGAGUAAGGUUAAAGAUUUGAGAAAAUAAGAGAGACAACACAUGUCCUCUUUCCGUGAAAGGUCUUUAUACAGGCUGGGUAGUUGUGUGUCUCUGGGGAAUAUUUGGAGCGGGGUCAACAGGAAAAGGGGCUCAGAAAAUCAGGACUCAGCAUUUCCACUCCAGUUUUCUGUGUCAGUUGGAGUGUGUUCUGGAACUCAGUUCGAAUUCUCCUCAGCAGAUGUGUUCCGUGGUGAGUUUUGAACUUGCAGCUUUUUGUCUGGUGUUCUGCACAGAAGCUCUUUACAUUUUGUGUUUAUUUUUGUUUCUAGUGCUGUAUUUCCCCAUGAAAAGGUGUAAAAUUAUGUGCAAACAGUCAAAAACUUUGCCCGUUGUGUUGCUUUCUGCAAGGGUCAGUGUGAACGGUUGUUUUGAAGGGGUUCAUUAGACACCUGGGUAAAGAUAAAGGGGAUUUUAACGUUAUGUAGAGAUUGGCUUAGUAGUUUCUCAGUGUUUUUUUUUUUUUUGUUGUUGUUUUUGUGCUUGCAUUACAACUUCUAAUAUAUUAUAAAAACCUAGUUUAUACAUUUUAUUUUUUCCAACCAUAUCAGUGACAGCAGGCUUUGGAAACGAAAUGCAUAUAUGUACUUGACAAGUAAAACUGAACUGAUUUCAGGCAAGUGGGAAAAAAAAUUCUAAAUAUGCAUGA